CACUCUGGCUUGUGCUUUAUGGGGGCACACUACAGCUGGCGGCAUGUAUAGGACAUACUGGCUUGUGCUCUCUUAUGGGGGGCAUCCUACAUCUGGCAUUGUGUAUCUGUUAUGGUGGGCACCCUACAUCUGGCAUUGUAUCUGGGGGCACACUACAUCUGGCAUUGUAUCUGGGGGCACUCUGGCUUGUGCUUUAUGGGGGCACACUACAGCUGGCGGCAUGUAUGGGACAUACUGGCUUGUGCUCUCUUAUGGGGGCACUCUGGUGGUCCAUUACAGGGAUAUGGUGAAUAUCUGAUUUAAUUUUUUUUUCCCGGUGGCGAUCUUUACAUUGUGCCUCUAAAAUCUUGGCAGAAAUUCUCAAAAUUUGGAAAACUGCUUGCGCAAUGCCAAUCAAACUUGACUUUGCUGAAAAGGUCGGACGCUGCGGAUGAGAUCGCUGCUUUGUGCUAUGAACAUUACCGGACCAAGCUCUCCAAGAAAGGCCAGCCAGACACCAGCAAGGAAUGGACUCUGAUGGCUGCCGUGAUACAAGUGGAGUGUGCGGCGGGAAAGGCAGAGAUCAAGAAAGUUGUUGCUAUGGGAACUGGGACAAAAUGUAUCGGGCAGUCAAAAUUACGGAAAACUGGUACCUCCUCCACCAGCUUUCCUUAGCGCUGUCAAGGAGCCAUGAUUGUGUGCUGGUUCCUGGAAGUGAUGCCAACAAGUGGACGCUGAAGCCUGGGGUCUCCUUUGUGUUCUUCACCAGUCACACUCCAUGUGGUGAUGCAUCAAUUAUACCCAUGCUUCCCCUAGAGGACCAGCUCUGUCCCACCUCUACAGCACCACAGGAAGCCACCCCAUUACUCUGCGAUCCUAUCACAACCACUAACAAGAGGAAGCAGGCUUCUUGUGAUUCUCUACCUGCCAAAAAGAGAAUGAAGCAAGACGGAUCCGACCAGGAAACCGAGAGAAUAGCGGAAACCAAGGAAAAGGAAGAAAGUGCAACUUUUAACCCUGAGUCAAUAGAUGUGUUCAGGACUGGAGCGAAGUGCGCUCCUGGGGAGGCUCAAGAUAGGCACAAUGCAGGGGUGGACUAUCACACUGUGGGAGUCCUCCGCCUUAAGCCGGGCCGAGGAGACCGCACAUUAUCCAUGUCCUGCAGUGACAAGAUGGCUCGAUGGACCGUGCUUGGCUGCCAGGGGGCGCUGCUCAUGCACUUUCUACAACAACCCAUCUAUCUGUCCUCCGUUGUGGUGGGGAAGUGCCCGUUUAGUCUGCAGUCCAUGGAGAGGGCUCUACACAGUAGGUGCAAAAAUGUCUCGGGUCUAGCUGAAGGAUUCCAUGUGCAUGUGCCACGUAUCCUGCAGUCACGAUUACAGUUUCAGCACGGAAGAGACGCACUGAGGAAAGCGGAUGAUGCAAGAAAGCUGGGUCCCUGUGGUGCAGCAAUUAGUUGGUGUGCAGUUCCACAUCAGCCACUAGAUGUCACUGCUAAUGGCUACAGACAAGGGACCACGAAGAAAGCUAUUGGAACACCACAGUCCAGAUCGCGGAUCUGUAAAGUAGAAUUAUUUCACAUGUUCCGUCAUCUGCUAGAGAGCCUGUCGGAAGAGCAGAUCCCGGGGUCACUCAGGGAAUUGAAGACAUACGGUGAUUAUAAAGAAGCUGCUCGGUCCUACCAGGAAGCCUGGAGGCUGCUGCGAGAACAGGUACUUACAUCCUGGAUCCGAACAUCACGUGACUACCUGAACUUCAGCUGAGACCCAAAGUGCAAAUCACCGACCUGGCACAACAGAGGUUCUGGGAGAGGAUGGGAAAGCCCCUCGGUGAUGUGCGCCUCCAUCUGCACUUGAGCUUUACAUUGGAGGCUGUGUGAGAUCUGAACUCGUCAUUUAUACAUUUUUCUUGUAACCGAGUACCAUAGACUCCAACACCUGCAAUGUGACUGUCAGUCUCCUACUGGUAGGACUGUAUCAGGGGUUAGGCACACAGGUGUGUUACUUGCGGUUUUUGGCGCAGAUUUUAGCUCACCUUUGCAUUAAAAAUUGACGAUCUGCAGACUUAAAAAAUC